UAGUAUUCUUAAUGAAUUUUCUAAACAUAUGUUGUAUAGUGUAAAUUGUAUUAAAAGAAAAAUGGCAAAUGAUUUUCAAUUUAAAGAAGAACUUGCAAUAUUAUUUAAUUGGUUACAAAAUCAACCACAUCUUCCGAUAAUUGAAACAUUACCAAUGAAAAAUUUCUUAAUUGCAUGUAAUGGUAAUUUAGAUUCAGCUAAAUCUUUAAUUAUAAAACAAUAUGAAAUGAGAAAUUAUUAUAAAGCAUUAUUUAUUGAAAGAGAUCCUUCAAGUGAUGCUUCACGAGAUUUUUGGAAUAUAGCUGAUACUAUACUUUUUCCUGGUCUAACAUCUAAUUGUGGUAAAGUAAUUUUCAUGAGACUUAGAGAUUUUGAUGUUUCAAAGUAUAAUUUCAAUGACAGUAUUAAAAUGAUUAUAAUGUUCUAUGAUGCAUUAUUAUCAGUUCCGGAUCCAUCUGGUAUUAUACCAAAAGAAUAUAUAUGUAUAUGUGAUAUGACUGGUUAUUCAUUAUCACAUAUAUUAAAAGUUAGUAUAUUAACAUUAAGAGCAUUUAUAAAAUUUUAUCAAGAAGGAAUUUCAAUAAAAAUAAAAAAUAUUCAUAUUAUUAAUUGUUCGGAUUUAAUAAAUAGAAUAAUGACAAUUUUAACACCAUUAUUAAAUGAACGUGUUAAAAAAAUGAUUAUAUGCCAUUCACCAAAUACUGAAACAAUAUUUGAUUAUGUACCAAAAGAAAUGUUUCCAUCUGAUUAUAAUGGUAAUAGUAAAUCAAUUCAAGAAUUAAAAGAUGAAUCAUGGAAUCAAUUUGAAACAACAUGGCCAUAUCUUAUUGAUCGAAAAUAUUGGGAAAUUGAUGAAAGUAAACGUAUAGAGCCGAAAUCAGAAAGUUGGUUUGGUUCAUUUGUUAAAGAUUUUUGGUAGGGGGCAAUAUUACACUUAUUAUAAUAUAUAACCAUGUAAUAUAAAUAAGAUUAAGAGUAUAAUUGCAAGACUUUAUAUGUAUAUGAUUCGUUUGUUUUAUUUUAGAGAUAACUAUAUUAAUUUUUGGUGAAUUUUUUAAUAAAAUGUUGAAUAAUUGUAAUUUUAUUAUUAUAAUUAUAAUUAAGUAAAAAUUUUUAGCUAUAAAAACAUAAAUAUUUUAAUUGUUGAAAUAAAUGAAGAAAAUUUUUUGAAAAUUAUUAUUAUGAUAGACCGUGUUUUUACUCUUAAAAGUGUAGAUCGAGUAGAUUCACGUUUAAUUUUGUUUAUAGAGAAAAUAUC